AUGCAUCCGCCCGUCGCACAACAGCACGGCUCGGCUCACCCGCACCAACACGCGCAGCAGUAUUCGCCGGCGCAGCAGCAGCACUAUGUGAAGAUCUGCGAGCUGCGGCCCGCGCCAGGCAAUGUGGUGAACACCGUCUUCAUCCUCCUCGAGAAAUGGCCGGCGGCGCGGGUGAGCGAGGGAGGGGCGGUGGUUUGCACGGCGCUGGUGGCGGAUGGCACGGCGGCGGUGCACAUGCAGCUGUGGGGCGCGGAGGUGGACGCGCUGCAGCCGGGGGACAUUGUGCGCCUCACCAGCGGCAUCUUCUCGUUCCACAAGUCGAACCUGGUGCUGCGCGCGGGCAAGAAGGGCGCUCUCGAGAAGAUCGGCGAGUUCACAAUGCUGUUCGUGGAGGCGCCCAACAUGAGUCGCCUGCAGUGGGCGCCUGACCCCGCCAACCCCAAGCACUGGGUGCCCAGGGGGGGAAUGCCUGCAGGCGGCAUGGCACCACAUGGCAGGUAG